AUGAGCCAAUUUGGAGAGCUUGUUCUGCUUAUAGGAGACCUUCAUAUCCCUCAGCGAGCUGUGGAUUUACCUGAGAAAUUCAAAGAACUCUUACUCCCCCCCUCCCUCGAAGUUCGACCAAGAUAUAGGGAAAAUUCCUAUUUUUUUGGAAAAUUAACCCCCCCUCAAAGUUCGACCAAGACCUAUAUAAAUUUACUAGGAAAAUAAGCAAUUUUUCAAAAAUUUUAAACUAUGUGGGGGUGAGCUUGCGAUUUUUGUAUUCAAGUUCUAAAAAAGCGUUACAAAACCAUCUUGCACUAUUUUUUCUAACCCUUACACCCUCUCAACCAUACAGAAGAAUAUGAUAAAUUUUUUUUUUUAACUACUAAAUUAUAUAAAAAAAAGUCUAUACAAUUUUUUUUAAAAAAAAUUUUUCUUUAAAAACCCCUCGAAGUUCGACCAAAAAAAUCUUGGUCGAACUUCGAGGGGGGGGAGUUAGUUCCUGGCAAAGUCCAGCAUGUUUUUUGCACUGGAAACAUCGGUAGCCGUGAGUAUUCAGAUUGGCUUAAAGGUUUGGCAUCAAAUAUCCAUAUAACAAGAGGAGAUUUUGAUGAAGGAGCAACCCUACCAGAAACCAAAGUUGUUAGUAUUGGUGAUUGGAAAAUUGGACUGAUACAUGGGCAUCAAGUUAUCCCUUGGGGAGACAAAGAAGCGUUAGGAAACUUACAGAGGCAGCUAGACUGUGAUAUUUUGGUUUCAGGACACACUCAUGCUUUGUCAAUUGAAAGCUUGGAUGGGAAGUAUUUUAUUAACCCAGGAAGCGCCACUGGAGCUUAUUCAGCGAUUACUGCAGAAGUAAAAGCUAGCUUUAUCAUUAUGGCCUUCCAAGGAAAUGAAGCAACUUUAUUUAUUUAUGAGCUUAUUGAUGGAAAUAUUUCAGUGAACAAGGCACAAUUCUCUAAAUCAUUCCAAUAAAUAAUAAGCGAAACUACAGAUUUUUCUUAAAAUUUAGGCAUCUUUCAAGUUACAUUUCAAGGAAAUUCAUGAUAAAAUUUAUAAAAAUAUAAUUUUUGGAAAAAUUAUAUAUUAACACCAAACAGAAAACACUAUCAAUUAAGGAAGUAAGAGUUAA